UGUUGAUGUUCAGUAAAAGUUACUAAAAGUCAACAAAAUGUUGUUCAAUCUUUAUAGUCCACUAGUCACGGAGCUAGUGUCAGUGAGUUUAUUAUAAAAGGAGAGAAAUAUCACUACAGUAACAUCAACUGAUAACCUAUCACAUUAUCUUAAUAAGUAUAUAAUAAAGAUACUAUACUGAGAUGAUGUUAGCUGGUAAACUGAUGUACAGUUUAAUGAUAAUAAUUGUUAUUAUUAAUACUGUCAAUGGAAACUGUCCUGAUGAUGAGAAGGAGACAACUUCUCCAGUUGUUACCAUUACUAACACUAGUGUUAAUGCUACACCAGAAUGUGUAAUGCCAAGUGAUUGUAAAGCAUGGAAAGAACUCGGAAUUAAACAAAAUGGAGUAUAUCCUAUAAAACCAGAUAAUGGACCAGCUUUCCAAGUAUACUGUGAUAUGGAGACUGAUGGUAGUGGAUGGACUGUAUUUCAGAGGAGACAAGAUGGAUCUGUUGAUUUCUAUAGGAACUGGACUGACUAUGAGAAUGGAUUUGGUGACCUUGCUGGUGAGUUUUGGUUAGGAUUGAGCAAGAUUCAUCGUCUUACUAAAGAAGGAUCAAACACACUAAGAGUGGACCUGGAAGACUUUGAGGGGAACACAGCUUAUGCUAACUACUCUACAUUCAGUUUUAGUGAUGGUAGUACUGAAUAUAUACUAACAGUAGGAGGAUACUCUGGUACUGCUGGGGAUGGAUUGAUUACUGAUCCUAUACAUGGCGAUAUUACUAAACACAAUGGAAUGAAAUUCACUACAAGAGAUAAUGAUAAUGAUAAUAGUGUUGUUAAUUGUGCCAAUGGUUUCAAUGGUGCCUGGUGGUUUAAUCAUUGCUAUCAGUCACAUCUCAAUGGUCCUUAUUAUACUAAUCCAACUGGAAAUGGUCUCUGGAGAGGAAUCAUAUGGUUGGAUUGGAAAGGAGAUAGCUAUAGUCUCAGGUUUACAGAGAUGAAACUCGUCGUAACAAUUAAACAUAAAUAAUGUGUGUGUGACAGGAUUGUGUAGAAUCAGUUAUUAGUUAGUGUAUUUAGAUUAUUUUGUUACUUUUAUAAUAAA